UGAACUUCUUCGACUAUUUGACAGAUGACGAACUGAAAAAAUAUAUUUUGCUGUUGUGGAAUUUUACGUGAACGAAAAUACAAUAAAAUACUAAUAAAAUUCUAUAUUUAACAAAAUCAAAAUGCAAUAACCUUAAAAAAUUCGAAUAUUUUCAAUUUAAAGUAUAAACUAAAUCGAAGGGAGAUAACAAUCGGCGAAAAAAUAGACGUGAUAAAAGCAUAAACAAAUAUUGACAUAAGGAACGUCUCGUCUGCAGCACAGAUUUAACAACAGCUUAAUUUUCUGCCAGAACUUUGAAGAAUGUGUUAUGGCUACAGUACCAAACAUCAAUUCACUGUCGAGGAAGACAUCUAACGUCAGUGACAUAAGUGAUUUUCAAGACAACAUCUCCGAAAAGACACUACUAAAACUUGGAGGUGGUGGUAACAAUGUUAACGCGACGACAGCAAAGGUCCUUGAAAGUGGCAAGGGUGCACCCAGUAGUUGGGAAUCUUGUUACUAUUGUCCGAGAGAAAAUUUCAAAGCUGUAAACGAGUUUGUCAAGCAUCUACGUGAACGUCACUGUACUCGUGAGGGCGGCUCCUUUGUAUGCCGCUAUGGCUUUAAUGGUGUUUGUCCAUCUCUACCGCUGGACGGUGUAUCGGAUCGUGACUAUGAUGCCCAUGUGGCCAAGUAUCAUGUAAACCAACAGACACGAGAAAUGCCACCAGAAUGGUCAGUAUUUUCGGCGGCCCAAAACCUGCCGGCCGUCCUCAACGAUCCAUCUCGUGGCAAACAGAGCAAUUUGUUUACCAAAAAAUGGGGUGUGGAUUUUGUUGAACGUAAUCAUGUGCCUGCUACAUCCUAUUUGCCAGAAGUUACCCACAAUGAUUUCGAGAAAUAUUUAGCGAAAAUUGGAAAACGUUACAAACGCCAUGAACGUUUAAGUAGUCAACAAGCAAUGGCACUGGAGGAUACAUCUAGUAAAGGAACCAUGCCCUCAUCUCCCAGUCAUGAUGUAAAUCUAAAUUCGAUACCGGAUAUAUUUCUCAAGGAAAAUCUCAAUUUACAACAUGCUCCUACGUUCGGCCAAGUGUUCCCCGAUAUUCUACAAUCACCCAGUGGCGAAGAGCGGAGGCGUACCGGACGUCUUUUGCAAGAACAAUUAUCGCAUUAUUUGGAUAUAGUGGAAGUAAAAAUUGCCCAACAAGUGUCCCAAAAAUCGGCAGCAUUUUUCCAUGCAAUGACAUCACAAGAUGCAAUUAUGACUGAAAUGCAAGAGGCUGCCAAGAAGGUCAAGGCUUUAAGGACAUCACUGCGUGCAUUAAAUGAAACUGUUGUGGUCGAUACAUUCCGUGUGCUGCGCUAUGCCCAACGAAGGCAAAACUUUGAGGAAGUUCUCGAUAAGUUACGUCUCAUGGCCACAGUGCACAAAACCCAACCAAUGUUACAGCUGCUCUUGGGCACACAAGACUAUGUAGCAGCCUUAGACUUGAUUGGAACCACACAAGAAAUUCUGACCCAAGAACUAAUUGGUGUCCAUUGCUUUAAGCACUUGCCCAUGCAGCUAAAUGAAAUGGAAAAGUUAAUUGACAAAAUGUUGACUACCGAAUUCGAACGUUAUGCCACCACAGAUUUAAAUCGUCCCCUUUGUGAUGUGCUCAAUGAAACCGAUAGUGUUUGUGCCGAGGAAGAUAAGUUGGUGUGCAUUGUUAUGGGUUUGUUGCGAAUGAAAAACUUUAGCUUUGUUGAUGCCUACAAGGACGAAGCCCUUGUCACGAUAAAGGCCAUUAUCAAACAAUUGGUUAUUGAAUUCAUUGCCUCCAGUGAUGCUGAGUUGUGUUUGACUGGAGCGGGAGAGGAAGCACAGAGUCUGACAAUUGGUGAAUGGAUUGCAUUACUGGCCAAAGUUAAGGUGGCUUUGUUGACGGUAUUGCAACGUAUUCAUGCGGUAACGCAUAUUAUGCGUCAAACUACGGAUGCGGCUGCGGGUGGUUGUUGUAAGGCACGCAGUGAGCAAUCGACGGGUGUUAAAGCAACACAGGAAACUGCUGUCAAUCUAAUAGACUCGGAAGCUUUCCUUACUGCCUCCGAUCAGUCACAGGUUCAUGAAAAACUGGACGAGUUGUUGACAGCGGUGUGUCACUACUGUCAUGAGCGCUGUGCAAAUUUGGUGUCACAACAAAGUCUGGAGAAGUCGGUGGCAACAGCAGAGGAGAUUUCUCAGUUGUCCAGCUUGGUUGAUGAUUUCGCUCAAGGCUGUGAGGCGAUUUGUGGAGUGGCAAUUGUACCACUAAAGGUGGCUGUAAAGGUACAAGCUAGCCGUUUUGCAAAUCGUUUCCACACAGAGCGCAAACAAAAGUUAGCCAUACUAUUAGAUACAGAACGUUGGCGCCAGGUUGACAUUCCAAAUGAAUUCCAGAAAAUUAUUGAUCGCAUUUGUGAUAACAAAGAGUUUUGUGGCGCGGGCAGUGCAGCGAACAUCACUACUGCCUUAACAAAUGGUCAUGCUCAAGCAAAUCCUGUUUUAUUGGUGGAGUCCAAACCCUACACCUUGGUGGGCUCUGCUUUGUUGUUGGUACAAAUGUUAUGUGAAUAUUGUCGUUGUGCCCAGCGUUUGCCGAUUGUGGCAGGUUAUUUGGCUCGAAAUGUUGUGGACUUGUUGCGCACAUUUAACUCGCGCUCCUGUCAGUUGGUAAUUGGUGCCGGAGCAUUGCGUGUGGCUGGCCUUAAGACCAUAACAAGCACCAAUUUGGCCUUGGUAUCUAGGGCCCUUCAACUUGUGCUGUGGCUAUUACCGAAAAUAAAGACGCAUUUUCAGGCAUUUGAUUCCACGGCGGUGGCCGGUUUCGAUAUUAUCGAACGUGACUACAAUGGUCAUAUUAAGGAAAUUGAAAAUAAAAUCUAUGGCAUUGUGAGUGAUCGUGUGGCCAUGCAACUGGACAGCUGGGAUGCUCGUCCGCCCAUACCGUCUCAGUGUUUUCGCAUUAUUUCCAGGCAUUUGGUUAAGCUACACGAGGCUAUAGCACCCAUACUGCCGGAACAACAAAUACAUGCCAUCUACAGCAUUGUCCAUAAGAAUUUCAAAGAUAAGCUAAGGGAAAGAUUAUUGAAUUUGAAUAUCAUAAAUAAUGGCGGUCCUCAACAUGGAGUAGUGACAUCGGAACUGACAUUCUAUAUGGAAACAUUGCGUACACUUAAAGCUUUGCCUGCGGCUGAUUUGGAUGAUAGCAUAAGAGAAUCAAUAUGGAAUUUUUAAAGGGAAAACCUCUUUCCCAUAUGAACAUGUAUGAUUGAAUUAUUUUCAAUGUUAAAUUCAAUUCUAUUUUAACUUUUGUUUUUUCUUUAGCCUUUAAGUAGUAUCCUUGUUUAUUUUAACAUUUUUGUGUAUCUUUUAUUUUUUUUCUUGAUCUGUUGUUUAAUUUUAUGUGUUAAUUUUUGCCAAAUUUUUCUUUAAGAAUACGCGGGGGGGAUUUGUAGGAAAUAUUUAAAGUUUACACGAAAAAAAGAAUAGUAGAAAUGCAGCUGCCAAGACUUAUAAAAAAAAACAUAGUAUUAAUAUAAAGCGACGUUGUUGUAUUGGGAAUUUUAAUUAAAUUGUAAAUUUAAUGAACGUUCUUACUGUAUCAAUGUUCAAAGGUUUUGGAAUUGAAACUAUGUUAACGAAACGCAAUUUAAAAACCUACAAUUGAAUAUUUCAAUAAUUAAAAAUCGAUUAACCUAAAAAAUGUCUAACAACUUGUAAAAAGUCCUUAACACAAAAUCCUUAAAUUUCCAGCUUAGCCUUAUCCCGAAAUUUCCCAUCAUUCCUCUUUGUACAAGACACCCACACACGCCCAAUAAAAUUUAACAUAAAUCCACAAAUAAAAUUGUCUUACCAAAAAACAUGAUAAGUCAAAAAACAUUAAUUAAAAUAAUAAAUUAAUUAUAGUCUAAUAUUAAAUUAA